CAACCCAUCUCAACUCUUGUUAUCCAUCCAAUCAGCCGCCUGUGCUUAACAGCAAAAGCGAAAAUCCCAGUCCACAGGUCCUCGCUUCUUUUCUCUCUGAUCGAACAUUCGAACUCGAAGACUUGAUAUACACUGAAGACGUUGGGAAUGACGGAGAGCGGCAGCGUUACCUGCGUUAGCGCCCAUCAGAAGAUGAUACCAGUCGAUGAAGCACUUCAGAUUGUUCUCAGCGUUGCCCAGAAACUGCCACCUGUCACCGUCCCACUUCACCAAGCUCUCGGGAAAGUUUUGGCUCAAGAUAUCAUUGCUCCUGACCCUUUGCCUCCUUACCCUGCGUCAAUCAAGGAUGGUUAUGCAGUGAUUGCGUCGGAUGGCCCCGGUGAGUAUCCUGUAAUAACUGAAUCAAGAGCCGGAAAUGAUGGGGUUGGUGUCACAGUGACUCCUGGAACCGUUGCAUAUGUGACAACUGGAGGACCAAUACCUGAUGGUGCUGAUGCAGUUGUCCAAGUUGAAGAUACCGAACAAGUUAAAGCUCCUUCUGAAACAAAGUGUGUAAGGAUAUUGGUGAAAACCAGCGAAGGCGUUGAUAUUCGUCCAGUGGGAUGUGACAUUCAGAAAGAUGCAGUAGUUUUGAAAUCUGGAGAAAAAAUAGGUGCUUCAGAAGUGGGGCUACUUGCUACAGUUGGUGUUACGAUGGUGAAGGUGCAGCCUACACCAACAAUUGCUGUUCUAUCCACUGGAGAUGAACUUGUAGAGCCAACAACUGGAUCCCUAAGUCGUGGCCAGAUAAGGGAUUCCAACCGUGCAAUGUUAUUGGCAGCUGCAGCACAGCAACAGUGCACAGUGCUUGACCUUGGUAUUGUUGGAGAUGACAAAGAAGAACUUGAUAGGGUCUUGGAUAGUGCAUUUGCUUCAGGGAUUAAUAUUCUUCUGACUUCCGGGGGUGUUUCAAUGGGAGAUAAAGAUUUUGUGAAGCCUUUGCUUGAAAAGAAGGGGACAAUGCACUUCAGCAAGGUUUGCAUGAAACCAGGGAAACCCUUAACAUUUGCAGAGAUAAAUUUAAAUCAGGCAGAGAAUGCACCAGUGAACAAAGUUCUUGCAUUUGGUUUACCAGGAAAUCCAGUUAGUUGUCUAGUUUGUUUCCAUCUAUUUGUGGUCCCUACCAUACGCCUCCUAGCAGGAUGGACCAAUCCACAUCUUUUGAGGGUGCAGGCUCGACUUCAACAACCGUUUAAGUCAGAUCCAAUUCGACCAGAAUUUUAUCGUGCCAUUAUCAGAUGGGAGGUUAAUGAUGGAUCAGGGAAUCCAGGAUUUGUUGCUGAGAGCACCGGCCGCCAAAUGAGUAGUCGGCUUCUGAGUAUGAAGUCAGCUAAUGCUUUGCUUGAGUUGCCAGCAACAGGGACAAUUAUUCCUGCUGGAAGUUCUGUCUCAGCCAUUGUAAUUUCUGAUUUAAGUGAUACUGCAUUGAGCAAGGCUACAUUGUCAUCAGAUUCAAGUACUACAAUACAUAAAAACAUUCCAAAUAAAAUAACGGCAGAUGGAUCUCAGGAUGCCCCGUACAAGGUAGCUGUUCUUACAGUGAGUGACACUGUUGCAUUAGGUGCUGGGCCUGAUCGAAGUGGGCCGAGGGCAGUAUCCGUUGUAAAUUCCUCAUCAGAAAAGUUAGGAGGAGCAAAGGUAGUUGCUACAGGUGUGGUUUCAGAUGAUGUGGGAAAGAUAAAGGAAGUUUUGCAGAGAUGGAGUGACACUGAUAAAAUGGAUCUUAUCCUUACACUUGGUGGCACUGGCUUCACUCCAAGAGAUGUGACACCUGAAGCAACCAAAGCGUUGAUUGAAAAAGAAACACCCGGUCUUUUGUAUGUCAUGAUGCAAGAGAGUUUAAAGGUAACUCCGUUUGCUAUGCUCUCACGUUCAGCAGCGGGAAUAAGAGGGUCAACAUUGAUCAUCAACAUGCCUGGUAAUCCAAAUGCGGUCGCGGAAUGCAUGGAUGCAUUGUUGCCUGCCCUUAAGCAUGCAUUAAAGCAGAUAAAGGGUGACAAAAGGGAGAAACAUCCUCGGCAUGCCCCUCAUGAAAAAGCUGCACCAGUAGAUGCUUGGGAACGCAGUCAUAAGUUGGCCUCCUCUGGUAGUGCCAAACCCACUUGUUCUUGUUCCUGUUCCCAUUAAUUUACUUGAAAAAGAAAAAAGGGGUGUUUGGGGGGGGGGGGGAAGAGGAUAAGAAAGCAAUAUACACCUUUUGCGAUAUUUGAGAGAGAAAACUUCAUCUCUGAAAUACGAAUAUGUGAAUAGAGAUGUUGUCAAAACUUGAGAACUUGAAAAAGCAAUCGGAUUAUCAUGUAUAGAUGAUGAAGGAUACACUACCAAUAA